AUGGUGACUAAAUCAUGGUUCCGAAAUUUAUGGAUAACUUCCAAGAAAUCCGACUCCCAAGCUCACAAAUCACAGAUUGCGGUUUUGGCAUUCGAAGCCGCUAGCCUAAUUACCAAACUCCUCCACCUAUGGCAAUCUCUCACCGACAAGCAAGUCGCGAGAUUAAGAGACGAAAUCACAAAUUCGGCCGGCAUAAAAAAACUCAUCUCGGAAAACGACGACUACAUCGGCAGGUUAAUAUGCACGGAGAUGAUGGAGAAUUUAUCCCACGUGGCACGAGCUGUCGGCAGGCUGUCGAAAAAGUGCAACGACCCUCUCUUGAGAAGCUUCGAGCAAGCCUACAGCGAUCUAAUAAAAAACGGCGCCGACACGUACAGGUGGCAGUUCUCGUGGAAGAAAAUGGAGCGCAAAAUCAAGAAAAUGGAGCGUUUCGUCGCCGCUAACACGAAUUUGUAUCAAGAGAUGGAAACUCUCGCGGAUCUCGAGCAGACGUUGAGGAGAAUGGAAGGCAGCGAUAAUUCGGAUAGCAUAACUUUGGUCGAGUACGAGAAGAAGGUCGCGUGGAAAAAGCACGAAGUGAAGAAUCUAAAAGAGAAUUCCCUUUGGAGCCAAACGUACGAUUACACCAUCCUCCUUCUCGCUCGAACCGUGUUCACCGUGUACGGAAGGAUCGGGCACGUUUUCGGAAUCAAUCAAGUGGCCGAUUUAGGAGUCAGAGAAUCUAACAAUAAUAAAUUGACGAAUAUCUUCAACUCCCGACGUACCCACUCGACCGUUUUCAUGCAGUCAUCCGUCUUCCCAUCCGAAAAUUACUUCCCGAGGCCCAAAUUCCCAUCGGGCAAAGAUAUCUCGCGCUCCGGACCUCUCCUAAAAACAAACAAUGCAGCCCAAUUCAAUUCGGGCCCGAUUACGCAAAACCACGAUGGCCCAAUGGAUUUCCUCUCUGGUCCGCUACAGAGCAAAACCAUAUCUGGUUUGUGGCCAUUUCGUGAAAAAUCGAGAGUCCCCCGUCAAAGGGCCAGUCCUCUAACCAUCGGGAGCCCUAGCCAGAUGCAAAAUAAUGAACAUUCACGAGUCAUGGAGGUUCCAAAGAAAAACAAACUAUUACCUCCCGAGACAUGUCUCGGUGCAGCUGCAUUAGCUCUGCACUACGCGAAUGUCAUAAUCUUUAUCGAGAAGCUGGCGGCGACUCCUCACCUGAUCGGAAACGAUGCGCGGGACGAGCUCUACAGAAUGUUGCCGGCGAGCAUAAGGUCGGCUCUGAGGGCGAAGCUGAAGCCGCACGCGCGGAGGAUUGGGGCUUGGGCCUACGACACUGGGCUUGCGGGGGAAUGGAGUGAGGCGAUUGGGCGGAUGCUCGAGUGGCUUGCGCCGAUGGCGCACAACAUGAUGAGGUGGCAGUCGGAGAGGAGUUUCGAGCACCAAGGGGGGAGGACGACGAACGUGCUGCUCGUGCAGACGCUGUAUUUUGCGAGCCAGGAAAAGACGGAGGCGGCGAUUACGGAGCUUCUCGUGGGGUUGAAUUACAUGUGGAGGUUCGGGAGGGAGGUUGACGCGGGGGCUGCUGCUAGUGUUCAUCCAACUUUUGAUGAGUGUGUGAGUUGA